CAAGAGACCAUCACGUGUUGAAGUUAAUCCAGAUUCACUAGUGUCAUGUAAACAGAUCUACACACUCUCUGUGUGUCUGUGUGUGUUUGUGUGUAUGUGUUUGUUAGCUUUGGUUAGCAGCGCGUCUGUGGUGACAUUUAAUUUAAAGUCGCAUGACUCCCCUGUCACAUGUCAGUGUUGUUGUGGUCAUCGCUCAACAGAUACUCCCUAGAGGAUGAGCCCUCUAACCUGGAUGAGAUGCCUCUGAUGAUGUCGGAGGAGGGCUUUGAGAACGAUGAGAGCGACUACCAGACUCUGCCCCGGGCCCGAGUCAACAGGAGGCAGAGGGGCCUGGGCUGGUUCCUCUGUGGAGGCUGGAGGGUCCUCUGCGGCAGCUGCUUCGACUGCCUGGUUCGUGUGUUUCGACGGAAGAAGACGCUGAAGGCCAGGACCGUUUGGCUCGGCUGCCCGGAGAAAUGUGAGGAGAAGUAUCCCAAGAACGGCAUCAAAAACCAGAAGUACAACGUCUUCACCUUCGUGCCUGGGGUUCUCUACCAGCAGUUCAAGUUCUUUCUCAACCUCUACUUCCUGGUGGUGGCCUGUUCCCAAUUCGUGCCAUCGCUGAAAAUCGGAUACUUGUACACGUACUGGGCACCUCUGGGUUUUGUGAUGGCUGUUACGAUGGCGCGAGAGGCCGUGGACGAAGUGCGACGCUACCAGCGCGACAAAGAGAUGAACUCCCAACUGUACAGCAAGCUCACCGUGAGAGGUAAAAUCCAAGUGAAGAGUUCAGACAUACAAGUUGGAGACCUAAUCAUUGUUGAGAAGAACCAAAGGAUUCCUGCAGACAUGAUAUUCAUGAGAACAUCUGAGAAAAACGGUUCGUGUUUCAUCCGAACCGAUCAGCUGGACGGAGAGACGGACUGGAAACUGAAAGUCGCUGUCGGCUGCACACAGCGACUGCCUGCAGUGGGGGACCUCUUCUCCAUCAGCGCCUACGUCUACGCCCAGAAGCCACAGCUGGACAUCCACAGCUUCGAGGGGAACUUCACACGGGAAGAUGCCGACCCUCAGGUCCAUGAGAGUCUGAAUAUUGAAAACACUCUGUGGGCGAGUACAGUUGUUGCAUCUGGCACGGUGAUAGGGGUGGUGAUCUACACCGGCAAAGAGACCAGAAGCGUUCUGAACACAUCCUUCGCCAAGAACAAGGUGGGCCUACUGGACCUGGAGCUGAACCGCCUCACCAAGGCCCUGUUCCUGGCCCAGGUGGUUCUGUCCAUUGUCAUGAUAGCACUGCAGGGCUUUGUGGGUCCCUGGUUCCGCAACCUCUUCCGCUUCAUAGUGCUUUUCUCCUACAUCAUCCCCAUCAGCUUGCGUGUGAAUCUGGACAUGGGGAAGUCGGCCUACGGCUGGAUGAUCAUGAAAGACGAAAACAUCCCCGGCACCGUUGUGAGGACCAGCACCAUCCCUGAAGAACUGGGCCGAGUGGUUUAUCUGCUCACGGACAAGACGGGAACUCUGACACAGAAUGAGAUGAUCUUCAAGCGGCUGCACCUGGGAACAGUUUCCUACGGCACGGACACCAUGGAUGAGAUACAGAGCCUGAUGGUCCAGUCAUAUGCACCGGUGACUUCCCAGACGUCCACCAGUGGCACCAGUGUCCCCAGUGGCACGACUCCUUUGAGAAAGACCCAGCAGUCCGGCCCGAAGGUCCGCAAGAGCGUCAGCAGUCGAGUCCACGAGGCCGUGAAGGCCAUCGCCCUGUGCCACAAUGUGACGCCCGUGUACGAGACGCACGCCAGCGUGAACGGAGAGCCCGAGUCUGCCGAGGCCGACCAGGACUUCAGUGAUGAUAACCGCACCUACCAGGCCUCCAGCCCCGAUGAGGUGGCGCUGGUCCGGUGGACGGAGAGCGUCGGCCUGACCCUGGUCAACAGAGACCUGGCCUCGCUGCAGCUGAGGACUCCGUCAGGACAGAUCCUCUCCUUCUACAUCCUGCAGAUCUUCCCCUUCACCUCGGAGAGCAAAAGGAUGGGCAUCAUCCUCAGGGAGGAGUCAACAGGAGACAUCACGUUCUACAUGAAGGGAGCUGAUGUAGCCAUGGCCAGCAUCGUCCAGUAUAACGACUGGUUGGAAGAAGAGUGUGGGAACAUGGCCAGAGAAGGCCUGAGGACGCUGGUGGUGUCCAAGAAGUCUCUGUCUGAGGAGCAGUAUCAGGACUUCGAGAAUCGCUAUAACCAGGCGAAGCUCAGCCUCCACGACCGAGGCCUGAAGGUCGCAGCGGUGGUGGAGAGUCUGGAGAGGGAGAUGGAGCUUCUGUGUCUGACGGGUGUGGAGGACCAGCUGCAGGCCGACGUCAGGCCCACGCUGGAGCUGCUCAGAAACGCUGGCAUCAAGAUCUGGAUGUUGACGGGGGACAAGCUGGAGACGGCCACAUGCAUCGCCAAAAGCUCCCAUCUGGUCUCCAGGAGCCAAGACAUCCACGUCUUCAGACCAAUCUCGAGCAGAGGAGAGGCCCAUCUGGAGCUCAACGCCUUCAGAAGGAAACAUGACUGUGCUCUGGUCAUCUCUGGAGACUCCUUGGAGGUGUGUUUGAGUUACUACGAGCAUGAGUUUGUGGAGCUGGCGUGUCAGUGUCCAGCCGUGGUCUGCUGCCGCUGCUCCCCGACCCAGAAGGCCCAGAUCGUCCGGCUCCUCGCGCAGCACACGUCCAACAGAACCUGCGCCAUAGGUGACGGAGGAAAUGAUGUGAGCAUGAUCCAGGCGGCACACUGUGGGAUUGGGAUUGAAGGAAAGGAAGGAAAACAAGCGUCUCUGGCCGCUGACUUCUCCAUCACUCAGUUCAAGCACAUCGGCCGCCUGCUCAUGGUUCACGGCAGGAACAGCUACAAGCGUUCUGCGGCACUGGGUCAGUUUGUGAUGCACAGAGGGAUGAUCAUCUCCGCCAUGCAGGCUGUUUUCUCCUCAGUGUUCUUCUUUGCCUCCGUGCCCUUGUACCAGGGUUUCCUCAUGGUUGGGUAUGCCACUAUUUACACCAUGUUCCCAGUGUUCUCUCUGGUUCUGGACCAGGAUGUGAAGCCGGAGAUGGCUCUGCUCUACCCGGAGCUUUACAAAGACCUCACUAAGGGGCGUUCGUUGUCCUUCAAGACUUUCCUCAUCUGGGUUCUGAUCAGUGUUUAUCAGGGUGGCAUCCUCAUGUAUGGCGCUCUGGUGCUGUUCGAGUCGGAGUUCGUGCACGUGGUCGCCAUCUCCUUCACGGCGCUCAUCCUCACGGAGCUGCUGAUGGUGGCGCUCACCAUCCGAACGUGGCACUGGCUCAUGGUCGUGGCCGAGUUCUCCAGUCUCGGCUGCUACCUCGCGUCCCUCGCCUUCCUCAACGAGUACUUCGACUUGUCCUUCAUCACCACUUGGCCUUUCCUGUGGAAGGUGUCUGCCAUCACGCUGGUCAGCUGUCUUCCUCUCUACAUCAUCAAGUACCUGAAGCGCAAGUUCUCACCGCCGAGCUACUCCAAGCUCUCCUCGUGAGGCCGACUGGGAUCAAACUCUCCUCGUGAGGCCGACUGGGAUCAGCUGGGAUCAACUGGGACCAGCUGUGUUCCUGUUGUAGUUCAGUGCUUCCACAAGCUUUCUAUCUCCAGCACUUUGUUUUUUUAAACCUCCUCAGUGGGGGACGUGUGACCCGAGGCGGUCGAGGAACCACUGGAACUUGCUCUUUUGGAUUUUCUUUUCUUACCUGAGACGUGGAACUACUUGAAAAGUUGGAGCACAUGAUGAAAGAGGACAGAAGGAAGGAGCUUUGCUACAGAAGAGUGUGAAUCACUUAAAAGGCCUGAAUCACUCAACCCCUUCUGGACAAAGAGGGUCAACCUGCCUUCCUUUGUUUUAAAAGUAUUUCAAAUCAAAAUCUGCUUCAAGUCUCACUCCAAACACUUCGGCUGCAUUACCACGAAUGUUUGACUUUUUAUAAACGUGGAGUUCCGAUUUUUUUAAGUAUUAUUUUUUACUAUGAUUGCAGUUGUUUGCCUGCAUCUUUGAACAAUGUCCAGUUGCUGUAUAAGGGGACGGAGAGUUUCCCUGUGUAUCUGUAAAUAGCUUUUGAUAACCACUGCUGUCGAUGUAGAGCUCGCUGCUGCGUUGAAGCUUCACCGACCAAAAAGGAUCAUUAAGAGAAACCGAGGAGCGUUGGUCCCCCCCCCCGGGAUCUCUGUGCUUUUGCUGCUGUUGUCAUUAAGACUCGUCGGGCUCUCUCCUCUGCAGAACACAACCAGCACACUCCAAAGCAACAUUCAGCGUUGUGUCGUCUGCGUAUUCCAGCCUUGAUGUCGUCUGUCGCCCCCCCCCCCCCCCACCACCACGCGGCCGCUCGCUCUGUGCCUCGCUUU